AUGGCGACGGCACAAACGGGACCGGUUGGCACUUGGUCCAUUGGCUCUUUAAGGACUGGCCACGCAGCCCGUCGGCGAGGAAUCUGCGGCAGACGCGUUGCGCGAGCAUGUCUUCUUCCCGACUCGCUGAAGGUCAUCGUGACAACCGACCUGUAUGCCCAAUACUGGGGUGGCGGGGGGUCAGUUAGACUGGGCGAACACUUGCUGGCAAGAUGGCGUCUUGGUUGGCUCGUUCGCGGACUUCUUUCGUGGAAUAGGGUCGGCUGGAUUUCAUUUGCUCAAGUGAUCUCGAAGAAUGUACAUCGUUUAUGA